CAAUGGUAUCCUCUUCCUCUGCCUGCAUAAUAUCGGGCUGAAGACAACUGACGUCUUGUUUUAUUUGCACUCGAAAGAGAUUCGUUGUAAGAAAGUGAAAAAUGUCUGAGGAGAAGAAAUCAGGUGAUCAGGCAAAUGACGCAGAGUUGGAUGAGUUAUUAAACAGUGCUCUUGAGGACUUCAACAAAUUGCCGCAGCCAGUGACAAAAAAAGAUGAUAUUCCAGCGAGUACUAAGGCACCAGCUGAUGAUGAGUCUCUGGAGAACCUCGUGGAUGAGACCUGGUCACAGGAUUUUAUAAAACAGACAGCUGAUCAGUUUGAAAAAAAUUUACAGAGUUUAAUAGAAAAGGGUGGUGCUUCGGACUUUAGUGGAUCAUUGCAACAAAUGGCACAAACAGUGGCUAAUGCAAUAUCCAGUAAUGCUCCUGCUGAUGCUGAAGGAAAUGAAUUUCAGUCGGCUAUUGCACAGGCUCUUAAAGAUAUUUCAGCGACAUCGGAAACGUUGCAGAAUGCUGGACCAGGGAUUACCGAGGCAGAUCUAGCAGCGAUGUUCGGUCAGACUUCACUCGACGAAUCUGGAGGCGAUAUUCUGCCAUUCAUGCGGAGCAUGGUAGAGUCACUUUUAUCGAAAGAAGUUCUCUACCCAGCGCUCAAGGAAUUAGCGGGUAAAUACCCAGCGUGGUUGGAUAAAAAAAGAGAGAGUCUAUCGUCAGAGGAACUUGCGAGGUUUACGAAACAAUUUCAAUUAAUGCAGAAAGUCUGUACAGAAUUCGAGGAAGAAAAGGAGGACGACUCGCAAUCCACGAAACAGCAGCGAUUGGACAAAAUCCUGGCUCUCAUGCAAGAAAUGCAAAAUUCUGGCCACCCCCCUGAGGAUCUAGUCGGCGAACAACCGAAUUUAUUCCAAUUCGAUAACGAUGGGAAUCCAAUGAUGGGACAGGGCCUUCCACCGGGUGUCGAUCCCCAGAACUGUAGUAUAAUGUAAUAAAUUUAAAUAAUGACAAAUCGACAGUUAAUGUUGAGAGGCAUCAAAUUGUACAUAGCAAUGUGAUCGCAUUCGAUAGUUUUAGACUGUCUUAGGAACCUUCAUUUAUCGCCAGUUAUUUUUCUACAUUCACAGGAGAGUUGUAAUGAAGUGCAUUCAAGAACUCAUCACGCAUUAAAACACAUGCCAAUUUCCUGAUAA